AUGAAGUUUGAGUUCACUCCCGAGAACAAAGAGCUCGCUAAGGAGAUUGUGAAGAGAUAUCCGCCGCAAUACAAGAAGUCCGCAGUCAUGCCUUUACUUGAUCUAGGACAAAGACAGGCGGGGUUCACUUCAAUCGCUGUCAUGAACCACGUAGCCGAGCUCCUCGACAUGCCGGCUAUGAGAGUGUACGAAGUUGCCUCCUUUUACACUAUGUACCAUAGAGAGCCAGUUGGAAAGUACCAUAUACAGAUUUGUACAACCACGCCUUGCCAGCUGUGCAAUUCGGAUUCAGUCAUUGAGGCAAUCAUGAAACAUUUGAACUUGCAACCAAAUCAGACUACCCCAGAUGGGUUAUUUAGUCUCGAGGAGGUUGAGUGCCUGGGUGCGUGUGUCAAUGCUCCGAUGAUGCAGAUCAAUGAUGACUACUACGAGGAUUUGACUGCCGAGUCCGCUGUGGAGAUCCUGGAGGCAUUAAAGUCCGGAAAAGACGUUCCUAUUGGAACAACCAAAAGGGAAUCCUGUGAACCGUUUUCAGGGCCAAAGGUUUUAGUCAAUGAGCCACUGGAUGUCUCCACUCUCACUCGCAGCGAUCUGUAG